AAGAAACAUCUGCUCUUCCCUUAUCUGUUAUCCGUCUGUCCAUUCGCAAUCCCAAUCCCCACCCCAACCUCAACCGACGAAGUGAUCUUUGUUUCCACGUACUGCGUUCGUUUUCACAAGGAAAAAGUCACCAAUUUGCUUCAGAAAUGCAAGCAAAUUCUCUUGUAGGAGAGCUUUAAGAACUCGCUCGAGCCCCAACAUGUCUUGUCUCUACAGCUCAAUGUCUUCUUGUUUCUCUGCGAUCUCCAUCUCUCCCAACCCGACAUUCACUUCUGUACCCCACAGCUCCAGACCAAGAUUCCAAUGUGCUCUUGGAGGAACUGUUGCAGAGCCAAAAGCUGUCAAUGCAACUGAUCCACUGCUGCUUAAUGCUGUUCGAGGGAAGGAAGUAGAAAGACCGCCUGUUUGGCUUAUGAGACAAGCAGGGAGGUACAUGAAGAGUUACCAAAUCAUUUGUGAGAAGUAUCCUUCCUUCCGUGAGAGAUCAGAAAAUGUUGAUCUUGUUGUGGAAAUCUCUUUACAGCCUUGGAAAGUUUUCAAGCCUGAUGGGGUCAUAUUGUUCUCAGACAUUUUAACCCCACUUUCUGGGAUGAAUAUACCUUUUGACAUAGUAAAAGGGAAGGGCCCUAUCAUAUUCAAUCCUCCUAGAACAGCUGUGGAUGUUGAUCAAGUGAGAAUAUUUGUUCCUGAGGAGUCCGUUCCGUAUGUUGGGGAAGCAUUAACGAUCUUGAGAAAAGAGGUUAACAAUGAAGCAGCCAUAUUAGGUUUUGUUGGGGCCCCCUUCACCCUGGCGUCAUAUGUGGUUGAAGGUGGCUCAUCAAAGCAUUUCACAAAAAUAAAGCAACUAGCUUUCUCGCAACCCAAGGUUCUUCAUGCACUGCUUCAGAAAUUUGCAACUUCAAUGGCGAAAUAUGUUAAGUUCCAAGCUGACAGUGGAGCUCAAGCUGUUCAGAUCUUUGACUCAUGGGCUACAGAGCUAAGUCCUGUUGAUUUUGAGGAAUUCAGUUUGCCUUACUUAAAGCAAAUAGUGGAUUCUGUGAAACAAACGCAUCCAGAUCUUCCACUAAUCCUCUAUGCAAGUGGGUCUGGGGGCUUGCUUGAGAGACUACGUCAGACUGGUGUUGAUGUAGUUAGCUUGGAUUGGACGGUUGAUAUGGCUGACGGCAGAAGAAGGUUGGGGCAGGAUGUGGCAGUUCAGGGCAAUGUGGAUCCUGGCGUUCUUUUUGGUUCGAAAGAUUUCAUUACGAAUCGCAUAAAUGAUACUGUGAGGAAAGCAGGUAAAAGUAAACAUAUACUGAAUCUUGGCCACGGCAUUAAAGUAGGUACUCCAGAGGAGAAUGUUGCUCAUUUCUUUGAGGUUGCUAAAGGCAUUAGAUACUAAAAGCAAACUCUAGACUAGCUGGCUGUGUUAUAUUUCUGUUUUUAUGUAUCAGUAAGUUCCAUUUUUCAGCAUUGUUUCUCGUAUAUUCAUUACUUCAAGGUGUGGAAAAUAUCCUAAACUCAAUUCAUUUAUUCCAACUGGUCUUUUCCCUUA